CUGAUAGAAAAUAAGUCCUUUGUCCAUAGAUUGGGGCGAAACAUCUGUCAUCUUUUCAGGCACGUGAUCAUUUUAUUCUUGCCGGCUUAUUCACUGACGUAAAAUUGGUCAACUCAAAUUGGUUUCAUAAUCAGAUCUGACACGACAGAAAUCAAAAAUGUCUCUCAGUGAACUGAAACUUACAAAACCAGCUCCUGAAUUUACCACUCAGGCUGUUGUUGAUGGUGAAUUUAAAGAAGUAAAAUUAUCAUCUUACAGAGGGAAAUAUGUUGUAAUCUUCUUUUAUCCAUUAGAUUUCACAUUUGUUUGUCCAACAGAAAUUAUUGCCUUCAGUGACAGAGUAGAGGAAUUCCGUAAUAUUAACUGUGAGGUCCUAGCCUGUUCUACAGACAGUGUUUAUUCUCAUUUAGCAUGGGUAAAUACUCCUAGAAAACAAGGUGGUUUGGGUCAAAUGAAAAUUCCAUUAUUAGCUGACAAGACCAAUGCAAUAGCCAAACAGUAUGGAUGUUUGAAAGAAGAUGAUGGUGUGGCCUUCAGAGGAUUAUUUAUCAUUGAUGAUAAAGGCAAUCUACGUCAGAUUACUAUAAAUGAUCUACCUGUAGGUAGAUCAGUAGAUGAAACAUUACGAUUGGUACAGGCUUUCCAAUUUACUGAUAAACAUGGUGAAGUGUGUCCAGCUGGAUGGAAGCCAGGUAGUGCUACCAUGAAGCCAGAUCCUAAAGGCAGCCAGACCUAUUUCCAGAAGAGUAACUAAAAUGGUCUAUAAUGAAUAUCUUCUAGUCCUGACGCCAAAUUCUACACAUUUUUAUUUUAGUCUCAUAUCCUAUUUCAAUAAAUCACUGUAAUAUUAAUUUGGUAUUAGCAAUGGGACAACACAUUUCUUUAACACAAAUCAGUUUUUGUCAUUUUUAUUUUACAAAUUCAAUGCACAUUAUCUACUUUUGCAAGGUUGUGUAUCAGAAACCAUUAGUUUGUUGUUUGUGUGUUGACUGGGUUAGGUUCUAUAUAAUUAGAUUUUUUUUUUUUUUUUAUUAAACUGUUAAAAAUGAUUUGAAUUUUAAACAAAGGAAAUCAACAAGAAAUUAAAUUACAGAAUUUUAGAUGCUUUUAAUAUAAAAGUUUUUUUUACUUUCUUUUUUGAAAUGUGCCAUGGUGUUGACCAAUUUGUAACAAACAUAAAUCAGAUUAUGUGAUAACUCCUAGAUCAAUAAGAUAUAUAUAUAUAUAUAUAUACAUAUGAGUUAAUCACACAAUGAUGUUUUAUUUCCUAUUAGCCUGAAACAUACCAUAAUCAAAUCUGUUGUUAUUCGUGCUUUUAUGUGUAUCAGUAUCACCAUCAAAAUAAAUACAAGUUUUCUUAAAAAAAAUAUUAAAAUAUGGGUUGUUA